AUGGGAUCUCCUAAAAAAUAUUCCGUGGCUCAGAGAUCCUGUGAAUGCGCGCAAAAUUCCAGUCGAGAAGCGGGAUCUCCGCUCCCCCCGGUCCACGAGCGUUUGGCUUUCCUCCGUCCGUCCAAGGAACUUUUGGACUUGUACAAGGGGAAGAUUGCCCAGUUUGAUGGAGAACACGGGCAGGUGCUGAAGACGUUGGAGAAAUACAAGAGUAUCAUCGAGGACCAGCAAAAGCUGAUGAGCGACCUGCGCCAGCGCGAAGCCGAAAUUACGGAGCUGCAAAACGCGCUGAGUGACAUGCAGGUGUACCUGUACCAAGAGAGGGAGCAGUCCUUGCGGCUUCAUGCGGAAAAUGACAGACUCAAGAUCAGAGAGUUGGAGGACAGAAAGAAAAUUCAACAGCUUCUGGCGUUUGUGGGUUCCGAUGACGGGGAGACCACCUAUUUCCAUCGGGAGCCUCCUCACAAGGUGAUAGUUAAACAGAAGAACCAAGGAUCGGGACUGGGACUGGGAGACAAUAUCCGUCUCAGGCCAACGAGAAUGAAACCCACCGUCACCAGUAAAGCGGCGGCCGCCAAGGCGGCAAAACUAGCCGAGAUGGGAACGGGCGAUACGUUGGAAAAAUACAAGACGGACAAGCACAGUUUAAUGCUACAAGUGGAAGCCCUGCAGGCCCAGAUGGAGGAACAAACCAGGCUAGCGAGAGAGCAGGUGGAGACCCUCCAGGAGGACCGGCAGAUGAGAAAAGACGAAGCGCAGGCGGAAAGGCAGAGAUUUGAGAAACACAUCGCCACGCUGACGGAAACACUACAGCGAACGCAGAACCUCCUGUACGAAAGCACCAAAGACUUCCUCAAGCUGAAAUUCAAUACGAGGAUCCAGGAGAAGAAAUGGUUGGUGGAGAAGGACCGCCUCCUCGGUCAACUGGACGGUCGCCGCGAACAUCCCAAGACGGGGCGGGGGACGCGCCAGCACCACGCCGUCGGCGGAGUCCCGGCAGGGCUCCCGGCUCGCGCCAGCCCGCUGCCUCAGCCCAGAAAUAAGGACGAAAUCAAGGCCAUGCAGGAAGAAGUGACGCAAGCUAAACGGACGGCCGAGAUGUACAGGGAGCAAUGCGUGGCUUUGGAAACCGAGUUGGCGCAAGCAAGAGAGCAAGGGGAGGCGGGACAGGAAAUUUGUAAGGAGCGUACGGAAAAAGCGUCCCAACGUCUCAAGACCAUGACUCAGCGUUACGAGGCGUUGGAGAGGAGGCGGACCUUAGAGGUGGAGGGCUUCAAGACCGACCUCAGGCAACUUCGGACAAAACUCAAAGAUGUAGAAAAACAACUUGUUCAGGUGAUGCUAAGCGUGGCACCCAAUCAGGAUUUAGCCAUUCUCCAGGAAGUCCGGGAGAGCAAUACGAGGACUAAGAAGGUCCAGAGCGACCUCAUGACAUUGAAGGCCAAGAUUUACGGACUGGAAAAUGAGCUCAGGUUUUGCUGA